UUGUAAUCGUAGGCGGACAUUUUAACUAUUUUACUUACAUCUGUUAUUGCUUGGUCAGUUGGUCGGUUUAGCGCUAAGUGAAGCUCACGUGUGUCAUUACACCUCAAUCUUUCAAACACGGAAAGCAUUAAAUUAGGCCAUUUAACUUUCUGCCGCUGAUGGAGGAACUCAUCCCUGAUUUGGUGGACGAUACAGAACCCAGUAAUUUCAGUUCUGAGAAAGUUCCUGUAACGAUUCUCUCAGGAUACCUAGGUGCUGGGAAGACGACUCUCCUGAAUUAUAUAUUGGCUUCUGCCCACAAUAAAAGAAUAGCUGUUCUUUUAAACGAUUUCGGUGAAGGUUCAGCUGUGGAGUCCACUGUUGCAUGGAACGAAAAGGAUGGAAAUCUUUUUGAGGAAUGGAUCGAACUGCGCAAUGGCUGUUUAUGUUGUUCCCUUAAGGAUACAAGUGUAAGAGCUAUCGAAAAUUUAAUGAAGAGGAAAGGAAAAUUUGAUUAUGUUUUGAUUGAAGCAUCUGGGCUUGCUGAUCCAGGUCCUAUCGCUUCACUCUUCUGGUUGGAUGAAAGUUUAUGCAGUCAAGUUUGUUUGGAUGGCAUUGUGACGUUGUUGGAUUCAAAACAAUGUCUAUCACAUCUUAAAGAAACUCUAGAGAGUGAAAUGAGUGAAUAUGAAAGACAGAUAGUUUUGGCGGAUGUACUCAUUGUUAACAAAAUUGAUUUAAUUUCUGAGUCAGAAAAAUUAGCAGUUGUUCAGCGUAUAAAAGAGAUUAAUUCUUCUGCGAAAAUUAUUGAAGCUACUUAUUCCAAAGUGAAUUUAGCGAAUAUUCUCGAUCUUAAGGUGUACUCUGAUAGCCCCAGACCAGAUAUCUUCAUUCCAUCUACAGAAUUGACAACAAAUCACUUAAACCAUAAAGUAUCUACAGUGACUUUAGAGUUCACUCAUCCAUUUAAUCGUAAACUGUUUGAAAACUGUAUAGAAUCCUUGCUCUGGGAACAUAGUGUUCAUGAUGAAGAUGGAAAUCCAAUGAAUAUUCUACGUCUGAAGGGAUUCGUCCAUUUUGCGGAUGAUAAUUGUAUUUACGCCCUUCAAGGACUGAAUGAAAUAUACGAUCUCUCUCCUAUACCGAAUAACAGAGUUGACUUGCUCAGUUUGAAAGGAACAAGGUUGAUAUUCAUCGGUAAGAAUGUGUGUUCGUCAACUUUGAAGGAGUUACUAAUCAAUUGCAUACGAUAAGAAAAUACAUUUCCAUGGGACAGUUUGUAUAUAGUUGGUAUCUUAUUAAUACACUUUUAUACUUAAAGUCAUCUUUUACUUGUCUUUUACCGAUAAUGCAAAAAUACCACGAGAUAUACAUUGUUACUAGAUUAUCUAUCGAAACUAAAUAGACGGCAUUAUGAAGAAAUAUAAUGGAGAUAAAAAAAUUAGUUAUAUAAUAGAAAAGAAUUUGUAAUAAUGAAUAUACUGAAAAAGUAGUCUAGUGAGAAUUACUGAUUCUUCUGCUACCUUAUGUUGAUAGAGAAUAACCGUGUCGAUGCUCUACAUUACUUCUUAUCAUUCUUUAUGUAAUGUCAUUCUAAAUACUGUCUGCUUUCAUGUGUGCCAGAUGUACAUUUAAUUCCAAUCACAGGUAUGGCAGUGUCACUAUUUGUGCCUCUCGCUUAACUCCAUCCAAACGUUUCCAUAAGUGUAUCCAUAUCAAACUGCAUUUAAUAUGUAUCGU